AAAGAGCUUUCUAGAAAGCAUUUUUGUCAAGAAAUGAUAGAAUGAAUAAUUUUAUUUUGUAUCCGGAACAUGAAGAAUUUUUAAAAACGUUUCUGUGAAAGAAAAUUUAGCUUUUUUUUCUGGGGAAUAUGGUCCCAGGAUAGAUCUUUUGGCUAUUUGGUCCAGAUUUCCCUCCCUACCCUAGUUAUGAAAUCUUCAACCAGACAGCCUCGACCUAGUGCUCCCGUGGUCCCGGCAAGAUGGCGGCCACACAAUUCAAAAACUUCUUGUAUGCUUUUUGUGGAAAACGCAAAGUCAGACCUAUUUACACAGAAAGACCUUCUACGCAGGGAACGUUCAAGUUCCAGGUUCAGAUAGAGGGGUUUGAUUAUGUGGGUCUUGGAAGUGCUUCUAACAAGAAAGAUGCUGAAACUAAUGCAGCAAAGGAUUUUUGUGGCUUCUUGAUCGGAGCUGGAAUCAUUCCUCCAGACUCAUUCCCAGAUGAUUUAUUUGGAGAAGGACCAACAGCUCCAGCAUCAGCCAUGCCAGCUCAGCAACCGCAGCAACAGCUUCCAUCAUCAGUAGCACCAGCUCCUCAUACUCAAUUGACACCAAAUCAAAACCAACAGCAGGGACCAUCCCAGGGUAAUAUCUUCCCUACACAACCACCACCUCUUAUGAUCCAACAGGGACCUGGUGGUAACCAAAUGGAUGGCUGGAGUGGAGCUGGUCAGAGAGAUUACCACUAUAGUCUGUACAAUAAACGCAAGUUUGAAGAGGCUGAAGAUGUAGAUCUGAAUGCCCAUCUCCAUGGAAACUGGACAUUAGUAAAUGCCAAGUCUCGGCUACACCAAUAUCUGCAACAGAACAGGCUUCCUGCUGAUUUUAAGUACUCAGCAGGUGGUCCAGAUCACAACAGACACUUUGUUGCUGAGCUGUCCAUAUUUGUGAAGUCUCACAGACGAACCAUCAGUGCUCGUGAACAUGCUUCGACAAAGAAACAAGCUGCCCAAAACACUUCACUAAGUCUUGUUCGACAGUUAUUUCAUAUGGGAGUCUUAGAAGCCGCUGAGCCAGGCCAACUUCAACCAAAGAGAAAGAAAGUUGAUGAGAUUGAACCAUAUGAUGUUGGAAUCAGUCCUGAGAUGGAACAGCAAGUUGGUAAUCUACUUCAAAGUCUUGAAAUUCAACCAGUCCCUCAGCCUCAAGACCCAACCCAAGCUGUAUCCCUUGUCCUUCCCCCUGGAAUUGUCAAAUUUCAAGAUGCAGAGCAUGAAGCAGGCUCUGGUAUAGUGGAGUGGACUGCACCAAAUAUGAACUGGAAUCCAUGGAUAAACCAGCCAAUGAUUAUUGAGGGAGCUGAGGAGUACCAAGAACCUAUUCCAACAAGUCAGGAUUACCUGAAUGAGUACAGAGAGAAGCAUCAAAAUGUGGAUAUGUACCAGCGCAUGUUGGAGCAGCGAAGUCAACUGCCAGUAUUUCAGUACAAGGCAACACUGAUUGAAGCCAUCAAGAAGAACAGAGUGGUGGUUGUUAAGGGUGCAACUGGCUGCGGAAAAACAACACAGGUUCCCCAGUAUAUUUUGGAUGAUUAUCUUGAGACAGGCUAUGGUGCUGAAUGCUGCAUAGCAGUCACCCAGCCCAGGCGUAUCAGUGCUGUGAGUGUAGCAGAAAGAGUGGCAGCUGAAAGAGCUGAGAUACUAGGCAGCAGUGUUGGUUACUCAGUCAGGUUUGACACUGUUCUACCAAGAAGCCAUGCCUCCAUGUUGUUCUGUACAGUGGGGGUUCUUCUCAGGAAACUUGAAAAUGGUCUUCAUGGCAUUUCUCAUGUUGUUGUGGAUGAGAUUCAUGAGCGUGAUAUAAAUACUGACUUUGUUCUGGUGAUCUUACGCGACAUGAUUCAAGCUUACCCAAACUUGCGAGUUGUUCUUAUGUCGGCCACCAUUGACACCCAGAUGUUUACAGAAUACUUUGGUAACUGCCCCAUUGUGGAAAUAGAAGGAAGGUCAUUUCCUGUUCAAGAAUAUUACUUAGAAGAUGUGAUCCAGAUGUUGAAUUUUGUUCCACCCCUUCCUGAGAAAAAGAAAAAGAAAGAGGACAUUGAUGAUGAUGAAGAGGAGAACUGUAACUUAAUAUGCAGUGAUGACUACUCGUUCCAAACAAAGAAUGCUCUGGCACAACUGAGUGAAAAAGAAAUGUCUUUUGAGCUUGUUGAGGCUCUACUGAACUACAUAUCUGGCCUGAACAUCCCUGGAGCUGUGCUCAUUUUUCUUCCUGGAUGGAAUUUAAUAUUUGCAUUGCACAAGCACCUGAAGAUGCAUCCACAAUUUGGUAUCAGUAGUAAGUAUCGUCUACUUCCUCUGCAUUCACAAAUCCCAAGAGAAGAUCAGCGGAGAGUGUUUGAGCCUGUACCAGAAGGAGUUACAAAGAUCAUUCUUUCCACCAACAUUGCUGAGACAAGCAUCACCAUUGAUGAUGUUGUAUUUGUCAUUGAUUCCUGCAAAGCUAAAGUGAAGUUAUUCACAUCACACAACAACAUGACAAAUUACGCCACUGUCUGGGCGUCCAGGACUAACAUGGAACAGAGGCGAGGUCGCGCGGGCAGAGUAAGGCCUGGGUUUGCUUUUCAACUGUGCAGUAGAACGCGUGCUUCAAGACUUGCUGAGCACGCCACACCUGAGAUCCUGCGUACACCUCUUCAUGAAUUAGCUCUGACCAUCAAGCUUCUCAAACUUGGAGACAUUGGAGAGUUCUUGAACAAAGCCAUUGAACCUCCUCCUCUGGAUGCUGUAGCAGAAUCAGUUGCGCUCUUGAAAGAUAUGGAAGCUUUGGAUAGAAACUUAAACCUGACACCCCUUGGCUAUCUAUUGGCCAAGUUACCUAUUGAACCACGACUUGGCAAGAUGAUCAUUCUGGGAUGUAUAUUUUACUGUGGUGACGCCAUGUGUACUAUAGCUGCAAGCACCAGUUUCCCUGAACCGUUUGAAACACCAUCUGACCGCAGGAGACUGGGCUGGGUACACAAACAGUUUGCUGGCUCGCGUCACAGUGACCACAUUGCGUUACUCAGUGCGUACCAGGCUUGGGAAGAUGCCAGGUCGGUGGAAGACGAAUCUGCAGAGUAUCACUUUUGCGAGAGUCAUCAGUUAAACAUGUCAACUCUGCGCAUGACAUCAGAGGCCAAGCUUCAGCUUAAAGAUCUUCUCUGCAAUGCUGGCUUUCCAGAUGAAUGCAUGCAUCCUCAGCCAUUCAACUACAGUGGUCCUGACUCCAAGCUGGAUAUGGUGGUAGCUCUGCUGUGCCUGGGUAUGUACCCCAAUGUUUGUGUUCACCGAGAGAAACGGAAGGUGCUGACAACAGAAGGCAAGGCUGCGCUGAUCCACAAGUCUUCCGUGAACUGUUCUAACAGAGAGCAGACUUUUCCUACUCCUUUUUUCGUGUUCGGAGAAAAGAUUCGUACUCGCGCUGUGUCGUGUAAACAGAUGACCAUGGUCAACCCUCUCCAGCUGCUCAUGUUUAGUCAGAGUAAAGUGGAAUCUGAGAAUGGAGUCGUCAGAAUGGAUGACUGGUUGCAGUUCCGUUUUCCUCAUCAUCAAGCCGCCAUGAUAGUAGCUCUGCGCCAGGCGCUGGAUUACCUGCUUGUUCGCGCUGCUACCACUCCAUCCACGAUAGCCGAACCUACUCACGCAGAUGAAAGAAUAUUGAAUGUUAUCAAAUCACUCUCGCGGGCUAAUGCUGGAAGUUUUGGUGUCAACCGUGGUGGUGGAAACCAAUUUCCGCCACGGGGACGACCUCUCCCAGGGCUGAUGCACAGAGGAGGGCGUGGUGGGCCCCCUCCCAGACGUGGCUACCAAGGCCCCAGACAUUACCGUGGAAACAAUCGAGGGGGCGGAUUCCGCGGCGGUGGAUUCCGAGGGGGACCCCCUCGGGGAGGAUUUCGUGGGUUUCGCGGUGGACAGUAUUAGAGCCCUGUCCGAGAUACCUGAAUUGCUGGAUAACAAGCUUAGCCACACUCCUCAAACUGGUGUCCUAGUUCUUCACUCUUAGUUAGGCGGAUUGAAAGGCCGUUUUGAAGAGGAUUUACAUUUCUCGCAGCCCCGAGGAGAUCAGUAGUUAACUUCUCCUUCGACAUUACAAGAUAAUAGAGAGCAGGAGAACAAAGCAGUUAAUCACUUACCGAGGUGUCCCGUUUGGAUACUCAAAGGGUUAAACCCGGGUAUUACGAACGAGUAUUUCCAUUCUUAUGAAAGACAAUUUCUUAAAGCUUAUAGCCGGAUUCACUCUGACUACCUUCAUAUCUGUCACUGAAAUUUCUGCAAUCCUAGAACCUUGUGUAAAGUAGAUUGACGAAACGAGCUUUUGUUGUUUCGUGGCUGUUUCCCUCUUUAUACCGUCAGCAAGUGUAAGUUGUCCGGCGUUAUCCACGAAGAAGUUGCCGUUGGUUUAUUUGGCCGGACGUUGUCGAGCCGUUCGGCUUAAACCUCCCUAUAUGAGCUAUACUGCUAUUUCAUUUUCCAUGCACGUUUUAAGCGGCCUCCAUUAUUUUACGCCACCUUGGAGAACAUCGAUCCCCUUUACACACGACUCUAGGUUAGCAUGAGUCGGUCAAAUGGUAGCAAAAAUGUUUAUUCUGUUUGUAGAGUACACAUACUUAGGUUUAACUGAAUAUUUACAAUGUUGCUAUCAAGAAAUACUGUUCACCCGAAACUUUCCAAGGGAACUAGUCAAUACUACCUCUCAGACGCUACCAUAACAAUCGCCUCUAGCGCAUGUCGUCCCAGGAAAUAAACAUCACAGACUUGGUCAUGGCAAAUAGACAAUUUUCAUGAUGUUAUUUGACUUCAAAUACCAGAGGCCUUCUAGAGUUCGUUUUCUUCUUCUUUGUAGGGCUAUUAUUUCUAAAAGCCAUUGUGGUUUAAAAAAUUAAUAUUGCAGGAAAAAUGAAAACUGAUAACUCUGGAAGUCGAAGCCAAAUGAUGACACCAUGUUAUUCCCUCGCACUCUCUCUCUCUCUCUGGUCACCAGGGCUAAGUUCGCACUUGACAUUCGCGCGAAGCUGAAAUAUCUGUUCGUAGUUACAUAACUCACGACAAGGGCUCUUUAACUCAUUUAUCCAUUUAACGUUAUUCAAUUUGUACACCUCGCUAAUGGUCUCUGAGCUAUGGAUCACUACCAACGUUUUUCAUAACGAGGUAACUUCGUGGCUAAACAGUCACUAACUACAGCUGGGUCACAAAUGUCCUAGUGUUUAUCAGUUACCCAAUAUUCGUAUUCAUCUAUAAAACGUCCAACUUUGCCCGAAUAAAUGUGUUGUGCAAUUUAAAAUGAAUUGGACAGCUACUUGAAUUGGAUUUCAGGCAAAUGCAAUUACAACGCGUAUCUCAUUGUAUUUGUAAACUAGAGUACGUGUAACGCCAACAAGUGUUGCCGUCUUUCAACUGUUGUCCGCUGUAAUUUUCGGACCAAGGUUAAGACGAUUGCGUUCUUCAAUGAGUAAAUGAAGGUUUCCAGGAAUUUAAAAUAUAAAUAGAGCGGAGGUUCCUUUUAAAGAUUUCCACCACGUGGCAGAAAAAAAAAGGAUUUUCGCAAAUCAAGUG